GGCUGGAAGGGGCGGGGUUCAGUGUUCCUGAUAACGGUGGAUGCCUUUACUUCCCCACCCCGCUGCCCAAUAUAUUUUUUUUCUAGGACCGGUUGGGGUCUCUUUGCAAAGGAGCAGGUGGUGCUCUGUGGCUUUCGUUUGAUGCAUCUCGUAUAACUUUCAUUAUGGAAAACUUUAUUUUAUAUGAAGAGAUUGGAAGAGGAAGCAAAACAGUUGUUUAUAAAGGCAGAAGAAAAGGAACUAUUAAUUUUGUGGCUAUUUUGUGCACUGAUAAAUGCAAGAGAGCUGAAAUAACAAACUGGGUGCGUCUGACCCAUGAAAUCAGACAUGAGAACGUAGUGACAUUUCAUGAAUGGUAUGAAACGAGCAAUCAUCUCUGGCUUGUGAUGGAAUUAUGUACAGGUGGGUCACUAGAAAUGGUAAUUGCUCAAGAUGAACAUUUACCUGAGGAUGUUGUACGAGAGUUUGGUAUCAAUUUGGUUAGUGGACUCCAUCAUAUUCAUGAACUUGGAAUUCUUUUCUGUGAUCUUACACCUGGAAAGAUUCUCCUGGAAGGACCUGGCACUUUAAAAUUCAGUAACUUCUGCUUGGCUAAAGCAGAAGGUGAAAACUUAGAAGAAUUUUUUGCUUUGAUCGGAACAGAGGAGGGAGCAGGGGACAGUAGAGAAAACACAGGACAAAGAAAUCAGAAAAACAAACUGAAAGGUUCCUCAGCUUACAUUGCUCCAGAAGUGAUAAAGGGAGCCGACUUCUCUAUAGCCAGUGAUCUGUGGUCGUUAGGCUGCUUGCUGUAUGAAAUGUUCUCAGGAAAAUGUCCAUCCUCAGAAAACCUCACUGAAUUAUCAGAAUUAUCAGUACGUGAAGAUCCUUUCCCACUUAGACAAGAAGGACCUGUACUUCUACAACCAUCAUCGGACUUCGUUAGCUUGCUUGAGUCAUUGCUUCAAAAGGAUCCUCUAAAGAGGCUGACUUGGGUAGAAUUAUUACAGCAUCCUUUCUGGAAAGAUGGCUUUGUCCAGACUCCCAGUGAAUCCAAGUCUAGCCAAGGAACAAGUUUCAGUGAUCGAAAUGCCAAGCUGUUUGUUUCUGAAAAGUCUAACGAUCAAUUGGAGAGUCAGAAAGAUCCAGACAUCAUCACAUGCCCAGAAGCAGAAAAUAAACAAUUGAACAAAUCUUUCAAGCUGGAUAAUGCAGAAGAACUUCGUCCUAAAAAUGCAGUUGAUGGUGAAUCAAAUGAGUCUAUGUUUCUUCUCAGUUCUCGUCCAACUCCAAGAACUAGCACUGCAGUAGAAAUGAACAGCGCUACUAUUGUUCUGACUCCAAAUUCAGUGUGCCAAACACUGCCUUCUUCCGGAAAGAUUAAAAACGUAUACUGCAGUCACCAGGAAAUAGAGUCCAAAGUGAAGGAACUUAUCUACACGGAGUCUGACCUAAGUGUAACUCCUAUUAUUGACAAUCCAAAGAUCGUAAAGCAUGCACCAGUGAGAUUCGACUUGAAAAAUUUACAUAUACCAGCACAUUCAGUUGAGAAGCUCUUGCUGCUGAAAGAAGCAGAAUGGAACGACUUCCUGCAGCAAGUGUGUCAGCUGAUUGACUCCCCAGAAAAGAGCACAGGGGCAACCCGAGCUAAACUGAACGUACUUUGCUACCUCUGCACUGUUGUUGGCCAUAAGGAAGUGGCAACUAAGUUAAUCAGGACACAGCUGUUCACAGCACUAAUACUGCAGUUGCGGAUAGCUCCAAACUGGGAUAUACGAGCCAAAGCAGUCCGAGUGAUUGGGUUACUGGCAUCGCAUACAUCUGAACUUACAGAACAUGUUCCAGUUAUAGAGGCUGUCACUCUCUUAACUGAACUAAUAAGAGAAAACUUCAGAAAUAGUAAACUGAAACAGUGCCUUUUACCUACCCUUGGGGAGCUGCUGUAUCUUGUGGCUAGCCAGGAUUGCCAAUCUCCACAUGGGUUCUGGAGAUCUACUGGAAUCACAUCAGAUCGUCCAGUUACAGAGGAAGGGAAAAAAGAACACCCCAGAGAGAGCCAGGUCCUUCCUUCAGCUGCUUACACUGUACUAAUGAGGUGCCUUCGGGAAGGGGAAGAACGUGUUGUGAAUCACAUGGCUGCAAAAAUAGUUGAAAAUGUCUGCUCCACUCUUUCUUGCCAUGGUCAGGGGUUUAUUACUGGAGAAAUUGGACCAGCAUUAUGGUAUCUUUUUACGCAUUCAACCAUUGAUUCGUUAAGGAUAACUGCUAUUUCGGCACUAUGCAAAAUUACUCGUCAUUCACCUAGUGCUUUCCAGAGUGUGAUUGAAAAAGUGGGACUAACAGCUGUGAUAAAUUCCCUGGCAACUGGAAUAUGUAAAGUUCAACAGUAUAUGAUGACUAUGUUCUCUUCUUUGUUGUCCUGUGGAAUCCAUUUGCAGAGACUGGUUCAGGAAAAGGACUUUGUAAUUACGGUUGUUCGACUGUUGGAAAGUCCUUCGGCUUCUAUUCGAGCAAAAGCCUUUUUGGUUCUGUUACAAAUUAUCAUUAAUAAUAGGGAGAUGCUGCUUCUGAGCUGCCAAGCAAGACUGGUGAUGUAUAUUGAAAGAGACAGCCGAAAGGGCACACCAGGAAAAGAACAGCAAAGCAGCAAUGAAUAUCUGUCAAAAUGCCUGGAUCUUCUCAUCUAUCACAUUGUGCAGGAGCUACCGCAAAUUCUAGAUGACAUUCUUGCCGCUUUAGCCAAUGUAUCAGGACGUAAGCAUCCAUCAACAGUCCAAGCAAAACAGUUGAAAGGUUGCCUUCCAAUGAUGCCUGUAGUACUCCAUCUUGUAACAUCUCAGGUGUUUCGUCCGCAACUUGUAACUGAUGAAUUUCUUUGCAACUAUGGAAAUCUCUUGUAUUUUGUCAGAUCAAUAGAUUCAGGAGAAACUAACUUACGUGGAGCAAUUGGACAAACAGCUUCAGAAGAACUGAUUAAGACAGCUUUAUCAACACUUGAGGCAGUAAUACAACAUCCAGCUUUGUUGAUGCUUUACUGCUCAACAGUUAUGGAUUACAUCCUUCCACCCUUAGUUUCUUUGGUCUCCAGUCAAAAUGUGGAAUGGAGACUCUUCAGCUUGCGGUUGCUCUCAGAAACCACAUCACUGCUUGUGAGCCACGAGGUCAUGGCUGAAGAGAAAGAGAACCUUAACUCAAACAACAAACUUCUGUCUCUUAUUAGAGACUCUCUGCUGCCUCAAUUUGAACAAAUUCUGACGACUCCUGACCCAGUACCAGCUUAUGCUCUGAAGCUGUUGGUUGCCCUGACCGAAUACAGCCCUGCUGUUACAAGCCUUCUUCAAGAAAUUAAUCUUGUUCCAACAGUUUUUCAAGUCAUUACGGAGCAUCAUGGGACAUUGCUUGGAAAUACAAUACAAAGUUCUGUUGCGGUCUUAAACAAUCUGGUUUCACAUAAAAGUACAAACAUGGCAUUACUUUAUGAACAAGGUCUAGUCCAUCAUGUCUGUAAUCUUCUAAUAGAAACUGCCACUCUCUGCUUGGAUGUGGAUGAUAAAAGCAACAUCAAGACAGCAAAUGCACUGCUCCUCUCAUUGCUUGACAUUUUGCACCACAUGCUGAUAUACACAGCUAAUAUUAUCCGUCUGACAUUACAGGCACAGAAGUCGGGCACAGGAGGGGACACUCAAACUGCUGAAGAUCUCCUUAUUAUUAAUAAGCCGCUGACAGUCCUAAUUAGCCUACUUAUUCAGUUGCUUCCGAGUGAGGACACUGAAAUAUAUGAGAAAGCGUCACAGUGCUUGUCUUUGCUAGUUCAGCUCUAUGGUGGGGACAACAUGGAUAGUAUGUCUCCAGAAAACAUGGACAGCUUUGCUGAAGUACUGCAGUGCAAGAAGGAAGUGAAAGAUCGAAAGCUUUUAUUGAGAGUCAUCAAAAGACUGAUAACUUCUAAUGAGAAACAUACUGAAAGCUUGAAGAAUGAUGGAGAUAGUCUUGUUCACACGCUACAAAAAUUGGCCCAAACUGGCAGCUCCCAUGCUGACAUCGUAAUUGCUUCCUUGGCUUCUGAAAUCCUGAAGAAAACUGAACACACCAAACCUCGUUCAACUGAUGCCACUGAACAGCUGUAAAUUUGCUUGAAAUCUGCAUACCCUCUGAAUCUAGGAUGAAGUGGAAAUGCACAACAGGUUUCAUGAAGGAGCUACCCCAAAAUGCAACGUAACAGGCACAUGUUAUGUUCUCAUAUAGGAAAAACCAACUUUGAAGCCUUGCAAGUUACCUUUCUACAUAAUUCACGGACUUUGCAUGGACCAUAUUUGUUUAAAGACAUUGUAAGCAAGGAUAUUAAAGAAUUAGAAAAUACAAUACAUUAUAAUGUCCAUCAUAAUUUGUCUAAGAUGGGUAAAAAAUGUUGAGGUCUUUAUCUUUCAUUUGAAUACACUCCACCCCCCACCCCCCACUUUGAAUCAGUCAAUUGACUUUUGACCAUUUUUGUAACGAGGGAAUGAUUGCACCUGGCUAUUCUUUCUCUUCUCAUUGUGUAAUAAGCCUUGUAUUCUGGCUCCUUUAAGGACUCCAGGAAGCACAAGUCAAGUUAGCAGAGCGCAGUCCCUUUUGGUAUCCUUUACAUACAGUUUUAAUUUUCUGUUUACAUUGUGGGUUUUGGUUACAAAUUGAUUGUAUUUGUAUAUACGGUUUGUUUUUUGUCGAUUAUUACAUUUCAUUAUAACAAGUUGAGUUUCUUAGUACCAUUUAGUUUGUAUGUAUAAAAAUAUUAUACUUUGGGCUGGGGCUUUCCUUGAUGACUUUUCUAUUUAUUUGCAUUGUUGUUAUCAUUUUUACAGAAUGAGCCUUGAAAUUUCAUUACGAGAUCGGCAUUGUGUCUAGAUUUCCGGCUAGCUUGUUCUUGUAUAGAUGGCUGGUUUGUUACAUAGUUGUAACCUUGUGUACAUUUCCAUUCAAGUUUGUAAUGAA